AUGCAGCUUCUUGAAAAUGACUAUCGUUCAACUUUAUCUUCAAAACAAUCUAUUUCACGAAAUAGUAGUACUACAUCAAUUUCGUCUAAGAUUCUGUAUAUAUGUCCAUUAUCACUAGAUGAAAAUAAUUAUUCAUCAAAACUCGACAAUGAACCAAAAACAAAAAGAAGCUCAACUACACAUUUAAGUGUGAAUACAACCUUAUACAAUAUACGUAAAAAGUGUAAUUCAUUAAAUCAACUUGAUAAAUAUCUUCAAUGUCAUCAAAGUCGAUCCGAACCGACUUCUUUAGGAGUUACUUCAUUCGAGAAAAAGUCUGACAAUCAAAAAGCUACAUUACAACCAGUUGAAAUUGAGAAAUCCUUAAAUAAAGAUAAAAAGAUACUAGUGAAAAACAAUACUACAACAGAUGGCGCUGGUUUAUCGCAAGCUGACUCUAAAAAACAAUUCAAUCAUAAUAAUCGUAUGCGUUUACUUAGUUCUAGUGAAACACAGGAGUCUUAUACAAGGCUAUUUACCAAUUCUUCAUCUUCAUCCUCACAAUCAUGCUUAUUUCAACCUGGUUUUCAACCGAGUCUUGCUUCAACAGAAGGUCCCGUUGAAACCGUAAAAUGUUUACCACUUGCUUCUGCUUGUGAACCUGUCUUAAAAUACAUAUAUCUUUCUCCGAAAGAUAUCGAUUAUUAUAAAAAACGUCAAAACGAAUUACAUCAUACUGUUCAAGUACUUAUCGAACGUUUAAAAAUUCAAACAAAUGAAAAUAUCAAUCAAAUAUCAAAAUAUUGGUCUUAUCUAAAACAAUUAUGUUUGAAUGGUAUUCAACCACAAACGAGUUUUAAUCAACUAUGUAACUAUCUAAUAAAACCAAUCAAUUCAAAUAAACAAUUUGAAUAUUAUCUCAAACAAAAUGAUGAAAUUGGGGGUUUAUUACAAAUUAUGUCAAAUACAUUACAUGGGGUUCAGUACAGAUAUUCAUCGUCCACAAUAAAUCGGUUAUUUGAUUGUGAAGAGGAAAUGAUGAUAGACAAUUUACGUUCUGAACUUGAAUUUUUACUUUCAUCUUAUUUUGAUACACUUACAAUAAUUAAUGAAUUUAGUAGUUUCUCUCAAACUUCAUUACAAGAAGUGAACAAUUUCCAUUUGAGAGAAAUUAUUAAAAAUGAUUAUCCAUCUUUAGUUGAAAAAAUCUCUAAUGAUUUUAUUACAAAAGUUCCUCAAGUCGAUCAAAUGCUUGUAAAAAUGCUUAGAAAUAUAAAAAAACAUUUAUUUUGUGAUAAUUUUGAUGUAGUUAAUAAAAGUGAUAUUUGA